UUACUAACUUAGAUAUUAAUAACGAGAAUAACACACUAAUUUCUCACUCCACACAGUGACAUUUGAGCAAACAACUUUCCCCUGUGUAUACCUCAAUUUGCCCAUCAGUAAAAUGAGGGGUCUUGUUCUAAAUUAACUCCAAGGUCCCUUCCUACUAGACUUGAAACAAAUGCACUUGUUUCUGCCCUUAGCCUUAGCCCUCAUUCUUUUUGGUCCUGGUCCGUGGGCUAGCUCGCCAGCUGGGAUUGGCCCAUAUAAUCUCAAAGGUCUUCUCUGCUCAGCUCCUUCCAGAUACUCCAGGACGCCAUGGACUCCUCCUUCUGUUCCCCAGGGAGGCUGGGGAAUAAGGCGGGGAGGGGGGAGGGGCACUUUAAACACGCCCCUCCCCCAUUGCAUUGCGGCUUCCCGCGUGCGGCUGCCCAGGUGAGCACUCACGAGCCGGUUGGAGCCCCCUCAGGUGAGGAUAUUCAGCUCCCUCCCCCUCCACUGUCAAAUGCUCGUGGGAGCAGAUUGCGGCCAGAGCCCACCACAGCCUGGACCAUGGACCGGCACCUGCAGCUCUCCCCGCCUUGCCCUUUACCAUUCCAGGCUACUCCCCGGGCUGAGGUGCUGGAGGAGGUGCUGAGGGAGCAGUUUGGGACCCGGCCCCAGUUAGCAGCCAUCAGCCGGAUGAAGAGGCAGCCGUCGGGCUCCUACACCUCCACGGAGGACUUGAAGGAGGUGCUGGAGAGGCGGCAGGUGGCCAACGCCAAGGAGCGGGAGAGGAUAAAAAAUCUAAAUCGUGGGUUUUCUAAAUUGAAGGCCAUUGUGCCACUCCUUCCCAAAGACAGGAAGCCCAACAAAGUUGACAUUCUUAAAACUGCAACUGAAUAUAUACGCCUUCUCCGUGAAAUUUUAGAAGACACCAAAGACUUUGAGGUAAAGGGCCUUCCGGCAGAUUGCUAACUGUUGCUGUAGUCUGAAGAUAUCCCCAAGGAUUAAAAAAGCAAACUGCUCAGAAUUUAAAAGGACACAGUAUUAUCUUCAGUUAAGAGAUCGAUAAAAUCAUUUUGUUUAUUAUCAUUUCAGUGUUUGGGUUGGCAAAUGUAACUCUUUGUCACUAUUCCAACUUUUGAGACUCUUGUCAUUUAUGAGUUUCCAUGAGUCUUCAAUAAAAGUUGUACCCAAUAUAUGGAAGUCGUCUUAUGGCUUUUUUUUUUUAACAUUGUAAGGGUACUAGUAGAGUAUGUAGGCUGUAUUUCUGUUGUCCCUUAUUCUUGUUACUCUCUGACCAUCUUCCUAUCAUGGUCUUUCAUCUCCAAAUAGGCUUGCUAGCUCUCACCUCUAAGUCCCUGAUGGGUGAAAAUUCAAUUUAAUUGUUCUAUGGCUGCACUCGCCAUUCCUGUAACAUCCUGGUCAAAAAUAGCCCUUCCUAGCUAGUACUGUUUUCUUCCUCUUUUAAAGUGUAAACUGAACAAGGGCAGGGAUGGUAUUGGUCUCAGCAUUUUUAUCUCCAGUGUUCAACUUAGAUUCUGGAAUAUAAGUGCUUAAACAAUGUUUCAUUCAUUCAUGAAGGACUCAUUUCCUUUUCUAGUCAUAUAUACUUUCACCGAUGUCUUUUGUGUCACUUCUCACAGCAGAGUCAUCAUAUCUAUUAUGCUGCAGCUUUUGGAUAAUUUGUAACUUUUCUUCUUCUGAUACUGAAUGACUGUGAAUCAUAGAAACUCAAGAAUCACAGCCAUAUGGUAUCACAAUACAUCAUGGAAAAUAUAAUGUUGACUUUUCUCCAGUAUAUCAAAGAGUAGGAGGAAGAAGGAG